UCUCUUUUAUCUGAAUCGCUGGUAGUUAUGUACCGAUCGUGUUCUACCAUCGUGCUUUGUAGUGACUUAUUAACUCUGUUUGGCAGUUGAAUUGAAAGUAGUUAAAUAAUUUGAAGUCUGAAGUUUGGCAACGUAAUGUUACAAAAAUUAGGUUUAAGUAAGUUUGCAUUCUAGUUCUUCUGUAGGCCUCCUGUGAAAAUGUAAAACGUCGGGAUGACAUUCCCAGGUCACAAUCCUAAUCUGUUCAAGUGGAAAAAGCUCAGGUCUGAACAUAAGCUGCCUGAAAAGAAUGGGGAUAUUGAUCAGUGGAGAAAGCGGGUGGAGAUAGCCUCUGAGUUUGCUGUUUCCGAGGUCUUCUCCCAUAAGAAACAUCAUUCAGUACUCAGCAGACUAGCUGUGCCUUUGCAAAGCUCAGAACAGCUAAGAGAUCAUGACGAUGCCUACAGUGAAGCUCAGGCUCUUCUGAGUGAGUGGUUGAAUAGUAAGUUAAGAGUGGAGCUGGAGAUGGAAGAUGAAGAUGACCUUAUCUGCUCUGCUGAGAGAUCACGCCAUGUAGCGCAAGCUACUACCCAGCCUUCUCCCCUCGCCUACAACAACUUUAAUGAUCUUUAUAACUGCCUAGCAGAAGAAGAAGAACAAUCUGCUGUUAACAACUUCCUACAAGAUCUAAUGGCGCAAGAAGUACUGGACCCUGGGAUGAUGGAGGAACUUCAACUUGACGAUAGAGAAACAAGAAAGAGAUUCAGAGACCCGUUCAUCACCAUGGAAGCACGCCACCAGCAGGUGCGAGAAAACAGGGCUCGACGGGAGGCUGAGAGACAGAGGCUGCAGAGAGAGAAGGAGGCUCAGCGGGAUGCCAUUAAGGAGGCGAAGAGGAGGGAGAGAGAAGAGGAGAUGAGGCAGAGGGAGGAGGAACGUAGGCAGGAAGAGAUGGUGCAACAGGAGAUGGUGAGAUUGCGACGGCAGAUGGAGGAGAGGAGAGGCCUGGAGCGUCUAGUUAGACAGAGAGAAAGAGAAAGAGCUGAAGUGCAGAGGGAGACCGGUGACCUCCAACCAGCACCAACAUUUCUCACUAGGCAGCCACAGCAGGAUACUGAGCGACUGCAUCAAGAAAACAAGAUUCAAGCAAAAGUGUACAUGACCAACCUCAAGGUGUGUCUGCAGAGGCAUUUCUCUGGGUGGUAUUCGGUGGCGUUGGACCGAAAACUCUGCAUGGAUAAGGCUGUGGCCCUGUGUGACUGGAGGAGGCAGCUGAAAGCAUGGCGAGCAUGGCGAACAGUGGUAUGGGCAGAAAGAAAGCAGCGAGAGGUGGCAAGAACAGAGGAGGCACUCCGAAAAGAAAACAGGCAACACCAGCUGGCUGUGGAAAGUGACCGAAGGCGGUUGUUACGACGAUGUCUGAAUGAGUGGCAUUUAUGGGGCAGGACGGAAAAGCAGCAACGUAAACAUUUUGCUCAGCAGCAGGAGAUCAAAAGCAGGAUGGCUGCCUUACUCAGUGCUGCAUCUGCAGGCAAACUAACAGUCACAGAAAGCCCCUCUGAUCAACCAAUAACAGCCUUUCCAGAGCUUCUGAGCCAGUCUGGGACCACACUGAAGCAUCACUAUAGGUCAAGAGAUUUAGCUCUUAACAACUCUGCGGUGCAUCAGGACAAGACUUUGGUGGGUACCGUGUCUCGGCCUUUUCAGCCAUGGCAGGUGACCCGGGGCCACACAGUGCCUACUGCUGCACAGUUUCAAGAGGCAUCUCAAAGAAUGGAGGGCACUGUCCUUGCCAAUGUAGAAAGGAAGGUGUCACAGGGCAGCCGGUUUGAAAACAGACACACUGUCCAGCAGCAGAUCAUCACACAACAGAGAAAGCUGCUAAAAGAACAGCAGGAGCAAAUUGCCCGACUGAAGGAAAAACAGAAAGUUAUGGGUUUGGAGCUGGAAAUGGAGAAAACUGAGCAGCUUGCCCAACUAGCAGUGCUAGAGGGCUUCAGACCAAAGAGCCAAAACUUCAACCGCAGGGAGCAGAGCGUACCAAGGGCUGCUGGGGAACCUCGCAGUCAAACAGCACCUUCAAGGAAAACUGUCCCAAAGCAGACAAGCUCCCAUCCCAUCAUCACAGCCAUGGAGGCUCGGGCACAACAGCGCGCAGAGCGAAGGAAAGAGGUUGAGGAACUCAAGAGAAAAAAAGAAGAGGAAAAACUGGCUGAGUUAAAAGCUGCUGAGCAGCAGAGGCAGAGAGAGGAAGAAGAGGAGAAACGCAAGGCUGUGGAAAAGCGGAGAGAGGAGAAGAGGUUGGAAAGAGAGAGGGAAGAGGAAAAACAGAGGCAACUAAAAAGGCAACAGGAACUCAUGAGACUGGCCUGUCAACACUACCACAAAACCUUGUUGCUUCGGCGAGGCAUGACACCUUGGAAACGUCUGAUUCAGUUCAGAAAUGCCAACAUGGAGCUGGCCAAGAGUCAUCACAAACUCCUCCUUCUGAGGCAUUGCGUUCUGAGAUGGCAGCAAUCAGCAAGAGAGUCCCUGUCUAAGAAAGAGGCUUUAGCUGACCAACUGCACCAGCACUUUUUGCUUCGGAGGAGCUUAAGCUGUUGGAAGAGACUGAGAGACAUAUGGAUGAUCCAGGAAGAGCGAGCCAAGCGUCUCUAUCGUAGACGUACUCUUAGGAAGUUUCUGCUGGCACUACUGGACCACGUGACCCAGGAGAAGCUGGUGGAAUGGGACCAUCAGGAGCUGGCUCAUGAGCACAAUAACAGACGGGUGGUACGACAAUGUUUCCUGGCCUGGAGGAAUCUUCCAAGUGUGCUACGCAAGGAAAGGGAGAGGGAUGGGCGGCGUGAGAAGCUGAUCCGGAAAGUGGUGGAAGUUCUGCCCGAUUUCUGCCCCCAUCCACUGUAAAGCCUCUGGGAGAAACAGGGCAUCAUCCAGGUCCUCACAGUCGCAGCAGCAGGCUGCUACAUGGCUGCGCUCUCCGUGCCUGUUCACAUACUCGCA